GUACCCAUACACGGGUCUUUUUUUCACAGAUGAGCUUUUCUCACUUCCAGCUGAGCACUUACAUGUUACUUUCUUAGCCUGUGCUGCUAUGUGCAUCUAUUCAAAUUUAGGACUCAGGUUUGCAGCAGAUUUACACCCAGAUUUGUACAUAAUUUUCUAGAAUCUUUGAAAGAUUGAAACCACAGUGUGGGUGAAUGAAGAGCAUGGAACAGUUUUUUAUCAUUGUGCUAUUAGCAGGAGGAACUCAAGCUCUCAUUCCAGUUGAUGAGACUACAUGUGACCUCAGGACGAGCACAUGUCCAUGCUCUCCUCUUCUUAAAGGAACUGUGUAUGUCCAAGUGAUGACUGAUGCUAGUGGCCGUGAAGUGACAUGUUUGAAGAUGCUUCCCACCGUGAAUAUAAUUGUGUUCAAUCUGAAGAAAGAAACAAUAACAAUAGACAAAGAAUUUAACAACAGACUACACUUUCUAAUCAGGAACGGGACACUCAAGAUCACAAACCUGAGGAGGAAUGAUUCAGGUCAAUAUAACAUUGAGGUCUUUAAUUCAGGUGGAGUCCGAGAGAAAAACAUUAAUUUCACCCUGGAUGUUAAAGGCAAUGACAAAGUUGAAAGCAAGAUAUCACACAGUUUUCCUUACCUGAGGAUAGUCUUUGCUGCACUGGGAUCUCCCCUGAUAGCAGUGUCGUGCUGCGUUGUGUAUCGGGAACUGAAGCAUCUUAAGAAGACUUCUAACAAGGCGGCCCAUGAUCAAAAGAGCCUCAGGUGUGAAACAGAGAAUAUAAACCUUAAGUGUGAGUCUGAGCUUUAGUGAGCUGACCUCCCUCAUAAUCAGCACUGGACACUGAACUGAGGAUCGAUGAAAAUGAAAACAGUUAGGAGGUGACUGUGGAAGUUUCAUAUUGUAUCAAAAACAAUUUAAAAAUGUUAUGCUUGCAGCUUUGUAAUCAUAUUUUGGAGACCAGAUAAGAAUAUACAGUCAUGUAUAUUAUCCUGAUUCCAAAUUCCUUAAAUAACAAUAAAAACUUCGUAAAUGAAUGGGAAAAGUCUAUUUCAGUGAGUUAGUAGGUAUUUAUUGCUGUAGUUAGAAAUAUAUUAAAAGAUAUAUCAAACCUUGUGUUUUUUGGCUUUAUCACUUUAGUGUCUUUGAAUGAAUUUAAAAAAGUUUGAAAAUAAAUAUAACUGUUUUAAUUAUAACUAACAGGGCUGCAUAUUAAUCAGUGUGGAUCUGACUCUAGGGACACUGACUGGAUAAAAUGAAGAUGGACUCUUUGUGGGAAAGCUGCACGUGUCCCUGCAGCUUGUAUGUUGACCAUUGUCUGCGUUUCACUUCCUUCAUAUAGUAGCGGUGUAAAAUGAACAUAUCUCCUCAUAUGGUGAGACCUCAGGGUGAAACUGAGGCUCUCAGUGUUGCUAAAAUAUUCUCAAACUUCUACAUUGUUUCACACGUCUAUUUUCUCAUGCAACUGAAGAACAAUGUCAUUGUUUUAAUGAAGUUGACUGAGUGAAUUAUGACAUGACACAAAAGCUUUCUC